CAUUUCCCCUGUAGUGUUCAGUCACUUUUAGCAUGAGGGGACUCAUCCUGGCCCUGGUGUUCGCCCUUGUGGGGGCCCAGAAGUAUGACCUUGAGCCUGGUUUUCGUACUGGCAAGACCUACCUGUAUGACUAUGAGGGCCUCAUCCUGCAUGGGCUGCCAGGCAAGGGGUUGGCAACAGCGGGGCUGAAGCUGAUCUGCAGGCUGGAGAUCAGCCGUGUGUCUCACAGCGACCACCUUCUGCAGAUCCGAUCACCAAAGCUGGAGGAAUACCAUGGCUUCUGGCCCGGAGACGCCUUCACUCUGUCUCCAAAGCUCACAGAGACCAUAGCUGCAUGUUUCAGCCAAGCCUUUAAGUUUGAAUACACCAAGGGAAAAGUGGGAAGUAUUUACGCCCCUGAGAACUGUCCCAUCCUCUGCACUAACCUUGUGAGAGGGAUUCUGAACAUGAUGCAGAUAACUGUCAAAAAGUCACAAAAUGUGUAUGAACUACAAGAGUCCGGGAUUGAAGGCAUCUGCCAGACCAGAUACGUUAUCCAGGAUGACAGCAAGAAUAACCGUGCCACCAUUUCCAAGAGCAAGGACCUGACGGACUGCCAGGACAGAGCGGUGCAGAGCACAGGCAUGGCCUACAUCCGGCCCUGCCCCACCUGCCCCAUGAAAGUCAGAAACAUGAAGGGCACAGUGCUGUUCACUUACAAGAUGAAGUACUCUGACAGUGGAGCCUUGAUGCUGUCUGCCAUGUCUGAGCAGAUGUACCAGAUCUCCCCCUUCAAUGAGCCUGACGGGACAGCAGCCGUGGAAGCCAGACAAAAACUGGUUCUGGUUGACAUUAAAAGCAUUCCCAUAAAGGCACCAGAUGCUCAACUGCAAAAUCAGGGGAGUCUUCGUUAUCAUUUCCCAGGAGGGCUGCUCCAGAUGCCAGUUCCUCUAAUAAGAGUCAAAAAUGCAGAUGUGCAGUUAAAAGAAACACUGCAACAAUUAGUUCAGAAUAAUGAAGAAGGAGGCACUACAGAAGCUUCAGUUAAGUUCUUACAAAUGGUCCAGUUGCUUCGUGUAGUGACCCUGGAUGAAAUCGAGUCUGUGUGGGUGCAGUUUGCCAGUGAACCGCCGUACAGGCACUGGUUCAUGAGCGCUGUGUGUGCCGCUGGAGCUACCGACACGUUCCAGUUCCUCAAACAAAAAAUUCAUGAUAAGAAUCUUAACAUCUGGGAAGCAGCUGUGGCUCUCCCUCUCGCCUUCCAUUCUGUCACGCCCAGUAAGAAAACCCUAGAAGUUGCCUCAACUUUUCUAACCUGUCCCCAAAUUCAGAAAACACCAAUGCUGCGAGUACUUGUUUACCUGGGAUAUGGUAGCUUGGUAAAUAAAUACUGUGCUCAGCCUUCAUUUUGUCCUAAUGAACUUCUUCAGCCACUCCAUGACCUUGCUGCUGAAGCUUCCAGCAGAAGCCGUGUUGAAGACAUAGCCUUGGCCCUGAAAGCUAUAGGCAAUGCAGGAGAGCCAGCCAGCAUCAAACGCGUCCAGAAAUUUUUGCCAACAUUUUCACUUGCUGCUGCAGAAUUACCGAGCAGAAUUCAUGCUGAUGCCGUGCUGGCCUUGAGGAAAAUAGCCAGAAAAGACCCUGCAAAAGUAAGGGAGAUCACUCUCCAAAUUUUUAUGGACAGCACACUUGCUCCUAAUGUGCGCAUGACGGCUUGCAUUGUCCUCUUUGAAACAAAGCCUUCUCUUCCUGUUGUGGCAGCCAUGGCCAGCUCACUGCUGACGGAGACCAGCUUACAAGUGGCCAGUUUCACAUAUUCUCACAUGAAGGCGUUGGCAGUAGGUGGGAUCCCACAGCUCUACAAUCUAUCUGCUGCUUGCAACAUUGCCAUUAAGCUUCUGAGCCCCAGAUUUGGCAGGUUGAGCUAUCGUUACAGCAAUGUCAUUCAUGCUGGUGGUUAUUCCUAUGUGUAUAAGACUGGUGCAAUUUGGAGAGUUUAUCUAAUGAACAGUCCCAACUCUAUGUUUCCAUCUGAUAUAAUAACAAAAGUAAGAGGAUAUUACGCAAAUACUGCAACAGAUAUUGUAGAAAUAGCUCUUCGGUCACAAAGCCUAACCAAUAUCAUCCGGAAACAGAAUAUUCCCUUUGCUGAAUAUGAUACAUACAAGACCCUGAAGGAACUUGGUAAAACGCUUCUGGGGUGGAAAGAAUUGCCUCCCGAAGAUCCUCUGCUGUCUGCUUACAUCAAAGUGUUGGGCCAGGAGAUUGCCUUCAUUGACAUUGACAGCAGCAUCAUUCAGCAAGCCAUGAAGAGUCUAACUGGAUCAUCAAGCUGGCAGCCAGCAGUGAAAAGAGCAGUGGAGGAGGCCCAGCGAGGUGUUUCAGGCCGAUGGGCACUGCCAGCAGUGGUGGCCGAGCUGCGGCACGCCGUCCCCACGGUGCUGGGCCUGCCGCUGGAGCUCAGCAUAUGCGGUGCCGCGCUGGCUCAGGCUGCGGCCACCGUUGAUAUGCAGAUGUCACCACCAUUACUGGACAACUUCAGACCUUCACAGUUGUUGGAAACCAACAUGGAUAUUCAUGCUGAUGUGAAACCAAAAGUAUAUUUUCAUAUGAUUGCAAUGAUGGGUACUAAUACACAGUACCUUCAGAGUGGUCUUGAACUUCAUGCAGAGUUCAGUGCCAACACUACAAUGAAAUUUGAUGCCAGGAUAAAUAUGAAAGAGAAGAAUGUGAAGAUUGAAACCCUUCCCUGCCAUCAGGAAGUUGAGCUCGCAGCUGUAAGGAGUGAAGCUUAUGCUAUUUCAAGAAACGUGGAAGAAGUAGAUUCUGAGAAGAAGUCCCCUAUUCUCCCCAACGGAGAAAUGCCAACUGUCUCCAAUCAGCAUUUCCAGUCAUCAGAAAUCUUUUCAAGAGCCAGAAGCUGGGAGCAAAGAAAUAUUCGCAGUGGGAUAUCCAGAGGACACUUGCAAGGUUCAGAAGAUGAACAUCAUCAUGGUGAAGGACAGAGGUCUUAUGCACGCGUCUUCUGUAGAAAAUUAGCCAGUUUGGGAUGUUCUGCUUGUCUCAGCCUAAAGUCACGGAAUUCUGCUUUCUUAAGAAAUACCUGUCUGAACAAAUUAGUUGGAGAACUUGAAGCCAAAAUAGUUUUGCUGCCAGUUCAUACAGGUGCUGAUAUUGAAAAAAUACAGCUAGAGAUACAAGCAGGAGCCAAAGCAGCUUCCAAAAUAAUUGAUGCAACAAGUUCAGGACCUAAAGAAGAGAAGGAGCCAUCUCUGUAUGAGAAUAUUAAAGCUAAACUGAAGAAGAUUCUAGGCAUUGAGAAUGUGUUCAAGGUUGCAAAUAAAACACGUCGUCAUAAGAAGUGGAUUCACGAUAAAGUAAAGGCUGCAGUUACAGACCUCUGGGAAGAUCCCAGUGCAUCCCCACUCUCCAGUUCGUCUUCUACUGAUUCCUCUGCUGAGCGUAAGGAGCCUGGAAAUAAACAUGAGAAAGAUGAGGUGUGGCAAUUUGGGAAGAAGCAUGGCUCUGGCAGCAGCAGCAGCACUGGUUCUGGUAGCAGUAAGGCCUGCAGCAGCAGUAGAGAGGACAGCUCUGGAGACAAGCUCUGCAAUGUGAACAGUGAAUAUUUCAACCAACAGGCAGAUCUACCAAUUUACCAGUUUUGGUUCAAGCCAGCAGAUGAACAGGACUCACCAAGGAAAGUUCAGAACAGCAGCAUCAGCUCCUCUUCUUCAUCAUCUAGCGAUGAAGGCAUCUCUGUACCUGUGUCUCAGCCUGUGUUCCUGGGAGACAGCAGGCCACCAAUACUGGCUGCAGUUCUUCGUGCCAUCAAAAGAAAUGAGCAGCCGACAGGAUACCAGCUUGUGCUGUACACUGACAGACAGGCCUCCAGACUGAGGGUGCAGGUGUUUGUAUCAAGCAUAACAGAAUCAAAUAAGUGGAAACUCUGUGCAGAUGCAUCAGUAGUAAAUUCCCAUAAAGCAUCGGGUACCCUUAAAUGGGGUAAAGAUUGCCAGGAUUAUAAGGUUGCUACUCAGAUUGCAACAGGACAAUUUGCUGCACAUCCGGCUAUACAGGUGAAGCUAGAGUGGUCAAAAGUGCCUUCAAGUGUCCGAAAAACUGCCAGAUGGUUGUACACAUAUUUUCCAGGAGCUGCAUAUAUGCUGGGCUACUCCCAAAAGCAGCAGCGUGGUCCUUCUCACCAGGCAGCCAUGGUGAUGGCUCUGACGUCUCCAAGAACCUGCGACGUGGUCCUAAAGCUACCUGAGCUCACAGUUUACAACAGAGCCAUCAGGCUUCCCCUGCCACUCCCUUCAAGCUCAGAUACACCAACCUCACCACUUCCAUCCUCUGACUGGAACGUCUUUUACCAAGCAGCCUUUUCAAUCAUUGAAAACCUUAAAGCUCGUUGUUCAGUUUCCCAAAAUAUGAUAACAACCUUCAAUGGAGUUGAGUUUAAUUAUUCAAUGCCUGCAAAUUGCUACCACAUCUUGGCUCAGGAUUGUAGUCCAGAAUUGAAGUUCCUGGUGAUGAUAAAAAGACUUGAAGAAUCUACUGACCUUACAGCAAUAAGUGUCAGGCUUGCCAGCCAUGAGGUUGACAUGUAUGUUUCCAAUGGACUAAUCCAGCUGAAGAUUAAUGGUGUUCAAACCCCAACAGAUGUUCCAUACACAUCUAAGUCUGGUCUGCUGAUAAGCAGUGAAAAGGAAGGCUUGUCAUUAAAAGCCCCUGAAUAUGGUGUAGAAAAACUGUACUAUGAUGGACAUAAACUUGAGAUUCAGGUUGCUUUCUGGAUGGUUGGAAAAACAUGUGGUAUUUGUGGAAAAUAUGAUGCUGAGAAGAAAAGGGAGUAUCAAAUGCCCAGCGGAUAUUUAGCUAAAGAUGCAGUGAGUUUUGCUCAGUCCUGGGUCAUCUCAGAAGACGUAUGUACUGGAGCUUGCAAGCUGCAGAGGAAGUUUGUCAAAAUUGAGAAGCCAGUUGCAUUUGACAAAAAGGCCUCAAAAUGCUUUUCCAUUGAGCCAGUUUUACACUGUGCAGAAGGCUGUUCAGCAACCAGGACUGUUCCUGUCUCUGUUGGUUUCCACUGUGUACCAUCUGACUCCACACUCGAGCUGGAGGAGGAGCAGGCCAGGUUAGAUCAGAAGUCCGAGGACUUGGUGAGCAGCGUCGAUGCCCACACGGCGUGUUCCUGUGCCCAGCAGCCGUGCGCAGCGUGACGCUCCGUAUCACGCGAUGCAUCACGUUUGCUAUCAGCGUUAGCGCUCACUGCGGAACUGCGGACACAACCGUGUUGGCCGGCAAAGCCGAGGCCGAGCCUGCUUCACACUACGCUGUUUUCCUCCGCAGUUAUUUUCAGCUCCUCACAAUAACUGC